GUAGCUAGCUAAAACCAGAAAGAUGGAGCUGUCCGGACUCAUGAGCAGAGCAACCCUCAGGUCUAGAUCGGAGGGAGGUGAUGGACGUACUCGAGGGACAACUCACCACGGAUCUUCCAAAACCCGUGUCCAAGUGCAUCAGAUUAUUCCUAUCAUCAGAUCUAACAGACACCAGUCACGAGAGAAGAAUGCUGAAAGAGAAGGUUUUCCCACAUCUCCGGUCGUUCAGUCGCAGUCUGGGCCUACAGCUCCACGUAGUUGAUCUCUAUGACAACCUCCCUGCUGGGUGGUUGCCUCCUGUAGCCAGCAGGGGAGAGGUAGAGGAACAAGAGGGAGAACGAGAAGGAGAGAGGGAGGGAGAGAACCAAACUGGACAGGAAAUGGAAGGAGGAGUGGGAGGAGGGAGCGAGGUCAUGUGUGGCCUUGAGCUUAGAGGCCUGUUUCAGUUGGCUCUGAGUGAGAUACGCACCUGCCAGGACAUGUCAGCUGGCCCAACCUUCAUAAGUCUGCUGGGACAGAAGUAUGGACACAAGCCUCUCCCUCCACACAUCCCCGAGGAGGAAUACGCUCUGCUGUGUGGUUCCAUGGAGGACUCUGCUGACGAGAGGCAGCUGGUGCAGCAGUGGUACCAGUUGGAGUCUAAUGCACAGCCUCCUCACUACGAACUCCUCCAGCCCCCACAGAACUGCAAUGAAGACUGGGUCAAUACACAGAAGGUCCUCUCGACAACUCUUAGGAAAGCUGCUAAAGCUGCACUCGGAAGUGAUGGAAGCAGAGCCCAGAAGUAAUAUCAUGUCAGCAUCUGAAGCGGAAGUGACUGCAGGCAUAUUUCAACUGAGAGCUGAUCCGAACCAGUGCUGUCUGUGGAGCAAGAGGACCUUCACAAACCUGCUGGAGCAGCGGCCUGCCGGAGAGCCCGCCCUGGAGCUGUUUUGUUGACCUGGUGGGCGGUCGCAGAGGACCGGAAUUUGACACUGAGCUCUCAAGUCUCUAAACUACUUGAAAGAGGCAAAGAUGCCUGCCAAAGUACAUUGGGUAGGCUCC